CUCGGGAAGGUGGAGAAGAGUACACAGUCACAUUUGUGAACCCAGGUUACACUACUGAUCAACUCAAAGCCAUAAUGGACCUAACCGAACAGAUCAACCAGUUGGAGGCAGAUUUGUUGGAGCUGGGGUCGCUCUUGGAGAAGGCAGAGAGGAAAAGAGUGCAGGAGCUGCUAAAGCAGGAGCAGAAGAAGGUGGAGAAGGAGCUUGCAGUCAAACGACAACAGAAGGAGCAACAAGCCAGGAGAGAGGCGGACCCAACCGCUGCCUCUAAAGCAACAUACACUGUUAAGAUCACCAACUAUGCGUGGGACCAGUCUGAGAAAUUUGUCAAAAUAUACCUUACACUGAAGGAUGUGCACAAAAUUCCAUCAGAAAACGUGGAGGUCAACUUUACAGAGGGGUCAUUUUCUGUGUUGGUAAAGAAUCUAGAUGGGAAGAACCAUCAGAUGACAGUCCUCAACCUGUUAUAUCCAAUUGAUGAAAAGGACAGCUAUAAAAAGAUAAAAACAGACAUGGUCCUGAUCAUGUGCAAGAAGCAGACAACAAAGAAGUGGGAGUGCCUGACAAAGGUGGAAAAGCAGUCUAAAGAGAAAGAAAAACCCAGUGUAGACGAUAAUGCAGACCCCAGCGACGGCCUGAUGACCAUGCUGAAGAAGAUCUACUCAGAGGGAGAUGACGAGAUGAAGAGAACCAUCAACAAAGCCUGGUCAGAGUCCCAAGAGAAGAAAAUACGAGGAGAGGGCAUGAUGGACUUCUGAGCUUCACCCACUGCUUUUCACCAGCAGGACCAAGUGAGAGCUGCCAGGCAUGCAGCUGACACGGCUUGAAUACUAGAUGUUAUUGGUUGAAACUAAAGUCCAAUGUAUAAAUCAUAUUUCCACAAAAUCUAGAAAAUUAGUAUCCAGCUCAUGAAUAAAAUAUAGGGAUUAAUGUCUAAACCCAGAUGGACUCAUUUUGGCUGUAGUGUUCCAAUAAUCAUGGGACAUAAUGCAUAAACCUCUGAAUAAUUUGCCUGCUCAGAUGUAAGUGUGCUGUCCAGCAGGUGGCAGCCUUAACACAGGAAGAAAUCACCCAAUUCCUUUUCUUGCGUGUGUGAAGUAAUUUAAUGGGGUAACGCACCACAAUGCUGUGAAAUGUUUUUCAUGAGAUAUAUGUCUCAGUAGUUCAUAGUUUAAAUUGGACCAGGUUUAUUGAAAUAUGUGGGACAUGUUCUGUAAAGUCGCAGUGUUAUGUUGUUCCUGUGCAGCUAAAUGGAGCCGAUACUUAAGUUGUUUUAAAGUGUACAUUUGCCAAAGUCAUACUCAUAUUCCUUUAAAGGUCCAGUGUGUAAGAUUUGGAUGAUCUAUUGGUAGAAUAAGGCAGAAAUGGAAUAUAGAAGUCACAGGUAUGUUUUCAUUAGUGUAUAAUCAUUCGAAAAUAAGAAUUGUUGUGUUUUUACUUUAGAAUGAGCUCUUUAUAGCUACUAUACUACUCUGCUUCUGAUUGGCUUACCCUGAUGAAGAACAUCAGUCAACCAAAUGACCUAAACCUAACCAACCCAACCAACAAAAGCAAUUAAUGUUAGCCAAUCAGAGGCAGAGAAGGGUGGGCCAUCCUUGCGCCAGAGUAGAAUUUUUUUUUUUUAGAAUUGACAAACCAAACGCUGGCUGUAGGGAGUGCCUUUUGUGUUUUCCGCAGGUUUCGUGACCACCGUAGGUUUUCGUACACGCUUGGAGUGUGAGGGGUGAGGCGAGAUGCUGCUAAAUCCUACACACUGGUCCUUUAAUGAAGAUGACCAGAGGGCUCUUCUGACUUCUUUUAAAGUCUUCAUAUCAGCCUUUUACCUUUUUUGUCAUUCAUACAUAGACAUACAGUAGCUGCAAAGACACUGCUAGCCAGUCCAGUGUAAUAAAUGUCAUUACUGCAUGGGACUGCAGUUUAUCCAUUCCUGUUGCAUUCCUGUUGCAUUGUGUAAUGCUCUAAAAACACAUUCUUUGAAAUUCCUUAAUAUGACAGUUUCCAACUAUAAGUUCUAUGAGCAGUUGCACUAUUCUAAAGUUUCCCUCCAACAUUUGUGAAUGUUAACCUUUACAUUUUAACUAUGUUGAUUACUUCACUUGGGCUUUUGUCUUCAUCUUACAUGUAUUGUUUCCUACCCUCAGGUUGCUCAUGAAGUUCUCACAAAUAUACAGUAGAUCUUGAACUGACUCUACUUUGUCUUGUUUGUUUUUUUAUGUCAGAAAUGAAUUUAUUCUGAGCUCAAACCAAUCAUUUAUUAAACCUG